GGCAAGGCGUCUCAAGAGUAUAAGACUGCGCGAGAAGCAGCUGCAGCCCAAGUCCAACCCCGCAAUCGACACUACCUCCACCAUGACCACAUCAAUCCUACCCCAGGCGGCUGGGUAUGGCGUCGUUAUCGGCAUGGGCCUGUUCUUCUCGGCCCUCAUGAUCCUCAUCACACAAGUCCAAACUCGCUACACGGCACACAAGGCGUCCAACGCCGAAGAGUUCAACUCUGCCUCGCGCUCCGUCCCUCCCGGCCUCAUCGCGGCCGGCAUCGUCUCGGCCUGGACGUGGGCCGCGACGCUCCUCCAGUCAUCCGCAACGGCAUACAAGUUUGGCAUCUCCGGUCCCUGGUGGUACGCGGCGGGCGCGACGAUCCAGGUGCUGCUCUUCGCCAUGAUCGCGUCCAAGCUCAAGAUGCACGCGCCAUACUGCCACACCUACCUCGAGAUCAUCCGCACGCGGUGGGGUGGGAUCGCGCACGGCGUGUUCCUCUUCUUCGGCCUCGCGACCAACAUCAUCGUCUCCACCAUGCUCAUCCUGGGUGGCAGCGCCACUGUGGCACAGCUGACGGGAAUGAACACGAUCGCCGCCUGUUUCCUCAUCCCCAUCGGCGUGUCCAUCUACGUUGUUGUCGGCGGCAUGCGUGCAACCCUCAUCGCAGACUACACGCACACCCUCGUGCUCUACUGCAUACUCAUUGCCUUCGGUUUGGUCGUGUAUGCGACUUCGCCGACGAUUGGAAGCCCGGCGAAAAUGUGGCAAAUGCUCCACAAGGCCGCCGAGGUCCACCCCAUCAGUGGCAACGCCGGCGGCUCCUACCUAACGAUCCGCUCCAAGUCUGGAUUGAUCUUCGGCGUUCUCAACAUCGUGGGCAACUUCGGAACGGUGUUCAACGACCAAGCAUACUGGCAGCGAGCGAUUGCGUCGCAGCCGAAGACGAGCGUCAAGGCGUUCUUGUGGGGAGGCAUCGCGUGGUUUGGUAUCCCGCUUGGCAUCGCCACAUCGCUCGGAUUGGCGUCGGUUGUUUUGGCGCACAGCGACAACCCCGUCAUUACCCUGACGCCGGCAGAGGUGGGCGCAGGCCUGCCCGCGGUCAAGGCAGCGGCCGCGCUCAUGGGCACGGCGGGUGCCACGGCCAUGCUCAUCCUCCUCUUCCUGGCCGUCACCUCGGCUUGCUCGGCCGAGCAGAUCGCCGUGUCCUCCCUCCUCACCUACGACGUGUACGGGACCUACAUCAAGAAGAACCCGACCGAGAAGGACAUUCUCUGGGUCUCGCACCUGUCCAUCUUUGCGUACGCCCUCUUUAUGGGCGCCAUCGCGACCGCCUUCCACUACAUUGGCGUCAGCAUGGGCUACCUGUACGAGCUGAUGGGGACUAUGAUUGGCAGUGCCGUCGUCCCCAUCGCGCUGUGUAUUACGUGGAAGAAGGCGAACGGCACCGGCGCGAUCGCGGGCGCUGUGCUCGGGUUCGUCGCCGGUGUGGCGGGCUGGCUCGGCAUCACGGCGCGCCUCAACAACGGCGUCAUCAACGUCGACACCACGUUUGGCGACUACGAGAUGCUCACCGGCAACCUCCUCGCCAUCGGCAUCGGCGGCAUCGUGACCGUCGGCUGGUCGCUCAUCCGCCCCGCCAACUUUGACUGGGACAUCACCCGCGCGAUCAACUACUCGGCCGGCAGCAAGGUCGAGCGCCAGGAGGCGGCGGGCGACAGCAGCGACCCGGGCAGCGAGAAGUCGUCUGUGCACGGCGACGCGGUGGCCACCAUGCCCAAGGACGAGAAGGACGUCUCGGCGGUCGCCGACCGCGAGGCACAGCCGACCCCGACGCACGAGGACGACGCAGGACUGCACAAGGCGUUCCGCCUCGCUUCCUUUGCGGCCAUCGGGCUGACGUUCAUCCUCAUCUUCGCCGUGCCACUCCCCCAGUUCUUCUCGCACUACAUCUACUCGGAGAAGGGAUUCACGGCGUGGGUGUGCAUCGUGCUUCUGUGGCUCUUCGGCGGGUUGAUCAUGAUCGGCCUGUACCCGCUCUGGGAGGCGCGCCACGGGCUGGCCAUGGUGGCCAAGGGGAUCUGGGCCGACGUGACGCGCUCGCGCAAGUAGGCAGCAGACGUGGAGGCGAAGUUGUAAAAGGCUGGCUAUGGCCAGGUUAUCGCUAUAGUACAUACUUAAUGGAUAUGUUCAGUCUCAA